AUGGGCCCGCGCCCGGCGCCGCAGUGCCCGCGCCCCCGGCCGGCCCGAGCCGCCUCAGCGCCGCUCCAUGUCCCGGUGCCGCCGCCGCCCCGCCGCAUCCCCCGCCCGGCGCCGCCGGCGAUCCGGCACCGCCGGAACUCGGCGCCUGGCAACCGCCAAACCGGCCCGGCGGGAAACAGCGCCCCGACCCCGCCGUUCCCCCGCCAGGCGCCGCCCCCCCACAGCGCGGGCGGGCGCCCCCUGGCGGGCGGAGCGGGCCGGUGCCGGCGGGGCGGGAGCUCCGUGGAGGGCGCGCGCCGGAACGUUCGUGCCCCGGAACGGGGGACGCGGGGUCGGAGCGCGGCCGGCGGGGGCUCGGCGCAGCGCGGGGCCAUGUGGGCGGCGGCGGCGGCGCGGGGGCUCCGCGGGGCCCGGCUCAGCUCCUGGCUGCCCCAGAGGCUCCUGCUCCGAGAGAGUCACUGGCAGAGUUCAUUGCUGGAGUUCAGGACAUCCGUCCCUGUGAGAGCACAACCAAAGAAGAAAAAGAAAGUGGAUGUGAAGAAAGAGCAAGCACAGAAGGAGCGUAUGAAGAAAAAGCUUAAAAAGUUGGAAAAAGCUGCCCCAGAACUGAUUCCAAUAGAGGAUUUUAUAACACCACUUAAGUACUCAGAGAGCAACAGGGUGCGGAGUCUUCCCACUCUUUCUCCUGAAGAGACUGAAAGAAGAGUUUUGCUUUUGAAGAAGUGGUGUUUGUUUAAGCAGAAACAAGAUGAGGCAGAAAAGAAUGCAAUUAAGGCCCUCGUAGAAUCUCAGCAAGAGGCGCUGAAGGAAUUGCGCCUGGAAUCCGAGGAGCUGUAUGAGGCAGCAAUCCGGAGGGAUGAGGGCCUUUUCCCCUUCGAGAGGGAGGGACCCAGUUACACCCCUCCCCUUCCUGGCUACGAUCCCCCCGAAGGAAAGUGCAUUGACAUCACCAAGGUGUACACGCAGUGAUGGAGGAGCUCCUGCUUCAGUUGCCAGGAGGUGCUCAGCCAACUUGAAGGAAGAAAGAUUGGAAUAAGAACAAACAAUUCUUCCUGCAGGUUACAACACUGCAAGAUGUGACUGUAAAAAAAUAAAUGAAGUAUCUCUGUGUUUUAA